GAAAAUAUGUCUCAGCCUGAAAGAUGAUGAACAUGAUUGUUACGAAGAUAGACCUCGGAAACGCGAAAGAAUUAAACAUAAUACAGCCAGCAACAGCCGCAUAGACACCAUGCCGAGUCCAGCAGCCCCAACCCCGCUGUGUGGAUGGGAGGAAGCAAUCGAGCGGCUCCGCAAUUCGGAACCCAAGAUUUAUCAACAACUGCAUGAGAUGCUCUCGCUAACUUCGCCGCUUAAUCAGAGCGUCUCCUCUACCAGCCCACUCAUCACGGAUGACGUUUGCGACGACAGUGACGACAGUGACGACAGCAACCUCCCCGACAGAAUCGCCCAGCUUAUCCAGAGUAGCAUGACCCGUCUUCAGAAGAAGGACCACAGCCAAACAAAGUCCCGCAAGGCGCUUGAAAGAAUCUUGCGCGCCGUGCGCCUGUUCCAAGAGGUCGGCACAGCCGCCGCGAGUGUGGAUCCAAUUCACGUGGGAAUUCCCUGGGCGGGCGUGAAUCUGGUUCUUGGGACAGUAUUGAGUGACACGGAGCAGAACGCCGCUGCCCUCCAGGGCCUGGCGGAGAUAGCGCCUCUCAUCACACGAUAUGCAAAGGUGGAGCUGUGUUAUUGGACCGAGAAUCAGCGGAAAAAGGACACUGCGGACAAGUUUGAGCAAGACUUCCGCGCGUUGUUGGUUGAGUUGUAUGUGAAGAUCUUGGUGUAUGAAAUGUCGAUUGUUGCGCAUUGCCGGCGGGGCAGAUUGGGUGGGAUAUUUCGUUGAGGGAGAUCUGUCUGUUUCAAGCUGAUCAUGGCCUUAGUUCGGUUUGCAAGAGCAUUGCCUCACGUGGAUGACUGGCAAGAUUUGCUGCAAGAGAUCCGGAGUCAGGAUGCGGCAUGCAGACGAUUCAUCGAGGUUGCUCAAUCCGCAGAUGCGAUAGAGUUUCAAUCAGAGAUUAAGAGGACACUCGCAGAGCAAGAUCUUCUAUUAAACGAGGCCUCCCAAGAUCUGCAGCGAGUGGGGGCACAAAGCCAGGCAUCGCUAGACCACUGGAAUGAAAAUAGUUUGUUUUCAAGUUCAGAGGGUGGAAAAGACACCCUGAGCUGACUUCAAACCUAGAAAACCGUGCGAUUCUCG